CUCCAGCCCAGAAUUCCCCACCCUGGAAGGCAGCUCCAAGGCAGCCAGAGAAUUGGGCAUUGGGUACGAACCUGGCAGCUCAGGAGUGGGUGCUCCACUCACCCCACACAAGAAGAUGAAAAAGCGCAAAGAGCUCAAUGCAUUAAUAGGACUGGCUGGGGACAGCAGAAGAAAGAAGCCCAAGAAAGGCUCAGGCCACCGCCUGCUUCGCACUGAGCCACCUGAUUCAGACUCUGAGUCCAGCUCUGAGGAAGAAGAGGAAUUCGAUGUAGUCGGAAAUCGCUCUCGUUUUGUCAAGGGAGAUUAUUUACGAUGCUGCAAGAUCUGUUAUCCCCUCUGUGCUUUUGUCAUCCUCGCGGCCUGUGUCGUGGCCUGUGUUGGUUUGGUGUGGAUGCAGGUUGCUCUCAAGGAAGAUCUGGAUGCCCUCAAGGAAAAAUUUAGAACAAUGGAAUCUAAUCAGAAAAGCUCAUUCCAAGAAAUUCCCAAACUUAAUGAAGAACUACUCAGCAAACAAAAACAACUUGAGAAGAUUGAAUCUGGAGAGCGGGGCUUGAACAAUGUCUGGAUAAACAUCACAGAAAUGAAUAAGCAGAUUACUCUGUUGACUUCUGCAGUAAACCAUCUCAAAGCCAAUGUUAAGUCAGCUUCUGAUUUAAUUAGCCUGCCUUCCACUGUAGAGGGACUUCAGAAGAGUGUUGCUUCCAUUGGUAACACUUUAAACAGUGUCCAUCUUGCUGUGGAGGCAAUACAGAAAACUGUGGAUGAACACAAGAAAACCAUGGAAAUACUGCAGAGUGAUGUGAACCAACACCUCUUGAAGGAGACCAGUGGAAGCAACCAAAUCACUCCAUCACCUUCAGUCACAUCAGAAUUUGACAAUAAAACCCAUAAUGAGAAUGUGAAACAGGAUAUCCUGUACCUUCACAACUCUUUAGAGGAGGUAAACAGUGCCCUAGUGGGGUACCAGAGGCAGAAUGACCUUAAACUCAAGGGGAUGAAUGAGACAGUCAGUAAUCUUACCCAGAGAGUCAACCUGAUAGAGAGCGAUCUGGUUGCUAUGAGCCAGGUAGAAAAGAGAGCGAACCUGUCCUUCACCACGAUGAGUGAUAGAGCUGCCACUCUGAAAAGAGAGUCUUUGGAUCAAGUGACCAACAGAACAGAUUCACUAAAAACCCACAGCAUAAAGAAAGAAGAUAGUUCAGAUUCUCAGGUAUCCAAGCUCAGAGAAAAACUGCAGCUGAUCAGUGCUCUCACAAAUAAACCUGAGAGCAACAGACCUCCAGAGACCGCCAAUGAAGAGCAAGUACAGAGUUUUACAUCAGAGCCGCCAUCAUUGCCAAAAUUUUCACAGUCUCUUGGAGAUCACAUUGAGAAAACUGCCCAGCUAAAACAUAUCUCCCUACCAGGAAUUUCAACCAUUAAAGAUCUUCAGGAUUUAUUCCAAAAGACUGUCCAUGACGUGGAUGGGAAGCUGACCUACCAGGAAAUCCAGAACUCCCUAGGUUCUGCUGUGCCAGAACCAAAGAGCUUGAGAGUGUGUGAUUCUGAUAGAGAUGGAAAAUACUCAUUCUUGGAGCUAAAAGCAGCUUUAGACAUCUAGCCUCAUCAGGCAUAUUUUGGAAAUAGAUACAUGUGCUGGACUACCUACUAUCUAUCUACUCACCUAACAAAAACAAUCCCUUUACUUAUGCCAUCAAACCUCCAGACUACUGUAGCAGACACAUUGCCACCUUUUCACUUGUUUGAAGAAGCUAUAUAAAAGUUAUUUUUUUAAAAAAAAGAAAAGAAAAGAAAAAGGAUAAUUUGACUUAGAAUAUGAUGUUCAGGAACCUAGGAUUUCCUGAAACCAGUAAGAUCUUACCUUUUGAAGUUGCCA